UAAUGCUACAAAACCAUCCUUCGCCCUUCACUGUGAAUGUCUGCUUUCCACAGCUCUCAUUUCUCCAGAAAAGGGUUUUGAGCCACAUGGAGAACAUGCCUCUAAGCCACCCAGGUUCCCAGGGAGCACAGAGAUGGUCCUAUAAGUGGUGGCUCGUCACAGCCAUAGUCCUGGUGGUCUGCUCCGUCAGUGCACUAGUCCUGUCUUUUCUCCCUCUCAAGCAGGCUGCUGCAGAUUCCUGUCAGGCCAAGUUCGGACCAUUACCCUCAAAAUGGCAAACGGUACCUCCUGAACCUUCUUGCAUGAAUAAGACAUCUGACUGGAAGCUGACAGUUCUUCAGAAUGGCUUGUAUUUAAUUUAUGGCCAAGUGGUUUUUGAUACAACUUACAACGGAGUUGCUCCUUUGGAGGUGCAGCUACGUAAAAACAAGGAUGCCAUACAGACUCUAAAAAACAACUUUAAAAUCCAGACUAUAGGAGGGACUUAUGAACUGCACGCUGGAGACACAAUGGGUUUGAUAUUUAACAGUGAAGACCAGAUUCUAAAAAAUAACACCUAUUGGGGGAUAGUUUUAGUGGCCAAUCUUCAGUUCACCUCCUAGAAAUCUGAUUUGGUUUCCUCAUCCGGUCCGCCAUAUGCAGAGAUGCUGAGUGGGUAGAGGGGACAGAUCUUCAGUGCCUGUGGUUUGUCAGGGUAUACAAAUCAAUAUGAAUUCCUCUGCAUGUGAGAUUUUCUCUCUCAUGCUCAUCUGAAAGUGACUCAAAGACAGGGCCAUAGGUUUUUGGUUAUGCCUGAUGUUUGGGUCUUCAAAGAUACUUCAAUAAUCCAUGACACAAUGAAUGCAGGUGGUAUAGGACAGAAACCCUGAAAGAGACUUUUUUUUUCAAUCCAUGAAUCCCUGGGUAGAAAAAUGAGGUCCUGUUUCCAUGGGAGUCUUAGCUGGCUUGCUGAAAGGGCUUAGGGCCACGGCCUGUUCUCAUUUUCUUGAGUUGCUUUAUCAUUCUUUCCCUAAUUCUAUCUCUGAGAGUCUCCCAAUAAAAAGUAGGCAGGCGGGUGGGAUGGCAACAGGGAUGCCCCAAACAGUCUACUUUAGAUACAGUGUUCAAGAAGAGAGAGCUCACUGAGACUCCUGGGACUGCAGGAGGCAUAAAACGGAAAGUACUCUAUGUGGGAAUUUCCCUUGGUUUCAUCAUACUCAGCAUACAGGGUGUUUUACAAAACCAACCGGUCAAGGGAGUCUUUAUGAACCUUCAGCUAAAGCUUCAUUGUUUGUGUGUGCGUCUAAACAAUGUCAAUUGUAAAUUAAGACUCACCACUAAUAAUCAGUAGACUUAAUACCAGAAAUUGGUAUUAGUGUUGCUGUAUUAUGUUAUGUAGUGAUUUCACAUUUUUUAUCAAUUUUUAAAUUUGUUCUAAUUGGUCACACCUGACAGUAGAAUGCAUUUUGAUACAUUGUACACAAAUGGAGUACAACUUCUCCUUCCUCUGAUGAUUUCAUAUUUUGAGCUGGUUUUCCUCAGCCUGCAAAAAGCUUUCAUGUAUCAUAUGGUAACUCUGUGAAGUUAAUAGAGCAGAUAUUUUGGGGAAAAUUUUAACAGUGAGAAUAUGGAAGCAGAUGCAGUGUAGGUAUCUUGCCUCAACUCAACUAGUUAUGAAUUAUUUGGGAUUUCUACUGUAUCACACUGUUUCACUUAUAAAGCUGAAAAAAACUUUCUAAAAAAAUUUUUUAGACUCUAUAUAAAGUUUGCUGCUUAUAGGUGCUUGUUGAAAGAUAUGUAACACUAUUUUAAAACAAUUUAGAUACUUAUGGAUAUUUGUGAAAAGCUAAAUUCUGCUAUCACAUUAUACAUCUAUAAAAAUUAGUAAAUUCAAUUUUUGAAAGAUGUUUUCCCCUUCAGCACAGGAUAUAGUGAAGUUUGCAACAGAUCUCUCCUUUACCAGCAAACUGAUUCCUCUUUCCUUGCCUGGAGCAGGGAAUUCCAUGGUACUGCUCAGGGUUCACUCCCACCAAGUCCACUUCCUUCCUUCAAAGAGCCUGUGUUGGUCAAAUGUGCUAACUUCUAAAAAUAAUAAAUAGCACUUGACUUAAAAAUUUAGACUCUAUUAUAAGUUUGCUGCUUAUAGUUUCUUGUUGAAAGAUAUGUAACAUUGCAUUUUAAAACAAUUUAGAUAUUUAUGGAUAUUUGUGAAAUGCUAAAUUAUGUUAAUUAAUGUUAUUACAUGUAAAGCUAAUUUAAGUAUAUUUGUUAUUGUGUGCCACAAAAUUUGCUUGGGGCAGGCUAAGCUAUUUCUUCUUAUUUUAAAUUAAUAUCUGCUGAGUUGCUGUGAGACCAAAGACUUGGAUAUAAAGACCUUUGUAUUUGCAUGUUUUCUCAGGAAAUUAAAGUUUUAUCACAUAUAUUUGUAUAAACUUGGUGUCAAUUAUCAAUUUUUGUUGUGUUAUAACCUGUAAUGUACUGGAGUGGGCUGACACCAGCUCAUCAGAGUUGAUUUUUAAAUUUUCAGGAAUUCUGCACUCUGGUUACUAAGCAUGACCAUUACUGAAAUUGGUUAUGGUGGGAGUAUUUACAAUGCAGGAAUUGGCAACCAUUGAAAAUCAGAGCUUUCCAUUUGGACAGCUGGUUCACCAGCACCCCACUGUUCAUAACAUUUCCCUUCCCUAAAACUCUUCUCUGCCUAUGCCUCAUCCCUGGAGCAAUCCAGGAAGGCAAGGAGAGAGUGGAAUUGUUGCACCUUCAGCAGAAACCCAACACAAAAGUGAUUUCUCCCAGAAAACAGGUU